UAAGAUGCCACGUGCCUCUCCUUUGAAAUGCGUGGCCUCGUUUUCAGCGGGAAAAUCACCACACACACUUCCCCUUUAGCCCCAGAAAAUUUUGUCCUCCUCUCAGUUAUUUUCACUCUCUCGGGCAAAAAUCAAGCGAAUUUCUUCGACCACCUCCGACGAAGCUAUGUCGGCGUACGAGUACCCGAGAUAUUCUCGGGCCGACAUUAUCACGGCGCUUGCAGAGUCUCAGAUCGCGAGCGUUACAGAUGCUGAUCUCAAGAACCCUAGCCCUGAUUUCAUCUCCGAGCUUUACACCCACCUUCUUGUCCAUCUCGAUAUCCUCAACGAAGAGGAUAUGGGGCAGAUGGAUUUUGAUGCUCUGGAGCAGUUUGAGAACCCAGACCUUCAUGUUGGGUCAGUCCAGGCAACGAAUCUGUACAGGAAAGUGAAAGAGAAGCUGGAUUCUGUGGGUUGCCCACUUAAUUUUACUUUGAAGGAUUUGUUACAGCCUGAUUCAUCUCGUUCUGAGUUUUUCAUCAGCGCGCUCUUAAAUUUUGGUCUUCACAAUGAUUCAAAAAUGAAUCUUAUAAGACCAAAAUUUGAAGAAUUGACCCUCCUCGAUGAGCAGCGGAAACAGUGGGAGGCAAAGAUUGCCCAGUUGAAUGCAGAGAUUGCAGAAUUUGAUGAAUCAAGGGAAUGGGAAUUGCCUCUUGUCCAAGAGCUAGAAACGAAAAUUGAAGAACUGAAUCAGACGAUUUUGGGUCUGAACAAUCAGCAGGUGGCACUGAGAGCUACCUUCAGGAAGCUGAAGGAGAAGACUACAGAUAUGGAUAAGGAGAUUUCCAAAGCUGAGUUUGAACUUGUACAAACUGUCCAAAAAAGUGCAAGUCUACGAUCAAAAAUUGUUCAGUCACCAGAAAAACUACAGGGGGCCUUACAGGAGAGAGGAAAGGUUUGUGAGGAAACAAAGAACGCAGAAGCAUCAUCUUUGCAAAAUUACCAGGAUAGGGCUGCUGUUCUUGAGGUCUAUGCCAAGGCAUUCAAGAAAAUGUCAAAGUCAUCCUCUCAGUUGCAGACAAUAAACGAACAGGUAAACAAUGCGAAAUCAAUUGAGAAAGACUUCAAGGCUCUGAAAGCGAAGCUGAGCGAUGACGGGUUAAUGGAUAUAUCCCUCGAGGUAAAAGUGGUUGAGCGGCAAGGACGAGCGGAUAAGUUGAAUGAAUCAUUGAAGCAGUUAGAGAAAGAAAGAGAAAUCAAGUUUGUUGAGUGGACUAAACAACUGAACGAAAUCAAACUGGAAGUUGAAUCUAAAAGACAAUAUCUCGAAGCCAGACAAAAAGAGGUCGAGUCGGUAGUAGCUAUGGUCGAUGCCAAUACUGCCAAGGCUAAUGAAGUGAAACAGUCCAGAGAAGCUAAAGUGCAGAAACUAGUUAGUAAGUCCCAGGAAAUCGUGAAGCAGUAUCGGGAAUACACGUCUACUUUUGGAGAGCUGCUUCCAAGCUUCUGAAAUGAGGGAAAUGCUUAUCUGGGUUUGAAGGUGUAUUACUUCACCCUCUCCACGAGUGCUUUUGUGAUUGUUGGAACGAGAGAGAUUUGAUUCUCUGUGUUGAAAAAGUCUUACUACAUCUAAAGUUAUGUGCGUGUGUUUUUUUACUUUUGUUCCGAGGUUGUCUUUUUUUUUUUUGCCUUCUCCUGACCCUCACUUGUUGCGGUGAAAAAGAAACGGAGUGGAAAUUAUUGUGUUAAUGAAUUGUUGUAACGUUAUAAUCCACAAAUGAUUUCUGGCCA